AUGUCCUCUCGAAAGAUAUCGCGCCUCGUUCCACGAGACCAGAAAUGGCUCAUAGUCUGCCUGAUUGCGGUGUCGGUGGUCGAUUCGGUGUUGGUCGGCUUCGAUAGCUCGCUGAUGGGCAGUCUUAAUGUCAUGCCCACUUACAGUAACUACUUCACUCUCACCACCACGACCAAGUCUCUCAAUACGGCAAUCUCGUAUGUUGGCGGCGCUGCCAUGUCGCCUUUCGCCGGCUUUCUGGCCGACUGGCGAGGCCGGCGAGAAUGCGUUUACUGGUCCGCCCUCUUGGCGCUGAUCGGGGGUGUUAUUCAAGGCUCGGCACAGAACAUUGGCAUGUUCAUUGCCGGCCGGUGCGUCGUCGGCGCGGGUAUGGGCUUGGCCCAGACUGCUGCUCCGACCCUCGUGGCCGAGACUACCCCCGUCAAAUAUCGCGGCUUUGCUCUUGGCUUGUAUUAUGCUUGUUGGGGUGUGGGCACCUUGCUGGCUGCUGGCGUCUGUUAUGCAACUCAGUCUCUCAACUCGACUUACGCGUGGCGAAUCCCAAGCCUACUCCAGGCCGUUCCUAGUCUCGUCUGCUUUGGCAUACUCCAAUUCGUCCCAGAGUCACCACGCUGGCUCAUCAGUCAUGACCGUCAUGAAGAGGCCCAGGAAAUUCUUGGUAUCCUCAAUGGCGGGCAGCAUGACGAGGUGCUUGUCCAGUACCAUGAGAUUGCAGACACCAUCGCUUUCGAAAAGGAGCACAACCUGUCAAUGGUCCAGGCACUUUCCAAGAAGUCGAAUCGAAAACGUCUGCUCUUGACCACGACAUUUUCGGCUAUCGUCAUGCUUCCAGGCACAAAUAUCAUCACCUUUUAUUUUGGCGACAUGCUUCAGGGUGCCGGCAUCCGGGAUCCCAAUACCCAACUUCAAAUCAAUGUGAUUCUUGCCUCUUGGAGUUUGGUCAUCGCUGUUGUCUCGUCCUGGUACGCGGACCGGCUUGGUCGAAGGUGGCUCUGCUCUGCCAGCCUUGCUCUUCAGAUCGCCUUUAUUUUCAUCUUUGGUGGGCUGACAAAGGUAUACGGCAACUCGACUGAUACAUCCGGUAUUUAUGGUACAAUCGCCGUCAUCUUCCUAUACAACGCAGCCUACAACUGGGGCAUCACACCCCUGACGGUUCUGUAUCCGCCGGAAGUCCUAUCCUUCGAGAUAAGAAGUGUCGGUAUGGGGUUCUAUACCUUCACAACAAAAUGCUGCGGACUCCUGGUGGCUAUGGCUGUUCCAUUUGGCCUUGAAGCUAUCGGGUGGAAGUUUUACAUGGUAAACGGAUGUUUCGAUGUUCUCAUGCUGCUUUUCGUCUUCUCUACCUGGGUAGAAACACGUGGAUUGAGCCUCGAAGAGGUUGAUAGCUUGUUUGACAAAGAGAAGCGGGCCAUCGUCGCUGAACAAGUCAAGGAGGAAACCAAGAUCGAGCUGGGACAGAGCACAGUAGUCUCAAAGGUGUAG